AUGUUUAGGAUCAAGUCGGAAUUGAAGAGCUACGGCUACGACGUCAAGGAUAUCAACAUGAGGCAGAUGAUGCUGGACAGCCUUCCUGGCCUGUACGAGUAUGAGCAGCUGCGCGGAGCAGUGAAUCACUCCGUGACAAGAGAAAUCGUGCUACUAAUACAGGUAGUGAUCAACGGCAGCAGCAGGGAGGCAGCACAGGUGCUCGCCAUCAGCAUCAAAAUGGGAAACAAGGGAGCAAGAAUAAUCGGCACGGUGAUGACUGACUGUACGGCUAUUAUCGAUGGUGUUGCUGAGCCUGGUGCGGCUUCCACCAGUGGAGGUAACACUGGGACAAACGUUGGGACGCAACGGCGUCAGCAGCGCUCCAACUACACUAGUCGCGACGGCGAACUCCGUGCGGACAGGCGUGGAGUUGCUGAAGAUGAUCUAGGUGUGGCUGCUGGUAUUGCGAUGGUCAAUCCGAUGCUGGCUGUUCCGGACAUGAAGAGUGAGAACGACAAAAUGGCCAAGUCGCUACCAGAGGGAUUGUCAUGGUGGUGUUUCGACACAGGUUCCAAUGUGCACUUGACCGGUGAUCGCUCUCUCUUUGUUCAUCUCGAAGAAAUUCGCCAGAAGUAUUGGUGCAAAUGUCGUUUGUGUGGCCGCCACGACGCUAACCCGUGCGUGGGUGACACCGAGGCUGAGGUUUUUUUGGACGACGUACUGUACGUGGAAAGCGCGUCACACGGACUGUUCUCGAUGCAUCUCGCAAUUACCAAGCAGAAGUUCGAAAUCUCGUACGAUCAAGCAGCAUCGACAUUCAGUCAAAAUGGGGAGCAGGUGAUCUUUGCUGUUCCUCGCGAAGGAAUUUGGGUGUUUGAGGCGAAGCGCCCAGCGGAUGCUCCGCGACGUCCAGGUUUACCUCGUGUGAUCGUCAAUUACACGAUCGCGGACGGUGUGGCCACACUCGAGCAGUGGCACAACCGGACCAGACACAAGAAUGCUCAGUAUCUAAUGAUCAUGGCGGAUCGUGGACUCGCAGCUCAAGACGUGUGA